UCUUUGCCCCUUCUCCUUCGCCUGCUGGAUAAUAAAACCCCCAUUUCUUCCAUUCUUCCCAUCUCAAACUCCCUCCUAUCGAGGCCUUCUCGAUUUCUCUCCUUCGCGCYGAGGAUUUUUCAACUCUGCUCUCUGAAUCGAGCUGUUUGUUCCUUCAAUUUCACUUCCAGGAGUUGGAUAUGUGCAGUGGCUCGAAGAAUAAAGGUGCUUCCUCGGAUCCUGCCAUGGAAGCCAAGUUUCAGAAGCUUAACGAUGGGGGUUUCUUCUCUGCGAGUUCAAUUUUGCUUGAACUAUCUGCCUCUGAUGAUGUAGAAGGGUUCAAGAGAGAGGUGGAAGAGAAGGGUUUGGAUGUUGAUGAGCCUAGUUGCUGGUAUGGAAGAGGGAUUGGGUCAAAGAAGAUGGGGUUUGAAAAAAGAACUCCACUGAUGAUUGCUGCCAUGUUUGGAAGCUCCAAGGUUGUCAAGCACAUAAUUGAGACAGGCAAAGCUGAUGUUAAUAGGGCUUGUGGUUCAGACAUGGCCACUGCCCUCCACUGUGCCACUGCUGGUGGCUCUGGCUCUUCCCUUGAGACCAUCAAGCUCUUGCUCGAUGGAUCUGCCGAUGUCGAGUGCGUCGAUGCUAGUGGGCGAAAACCUGUUGAUUUGAUUGUUUCAGCUUACAGGAUGGUGUGCAAUUCAGGAAGAAAGGCUAUGGAGAUGUUGUUGAGGGGAGAUGGUGUGGCUGGGGAAGGUGAUCUGAGCCUUUACCUUGACGAAGACCAGCAGAAGAUCACAGCAUCUCAAUCUGCAAAAGAAGGAACUGACAAGAAAGAGUAUCCUGUUGAUGUAUCGCUGCCCGACAUAAACAGCGGGAUAUACGGUACCGAUGAUUUCAGGAUGUAUACUUUCAAAGUGAAGCCUUGUUCGAGGGCGUAUUCGCACGAUUGGACCGAGUGCCCUUUCGUUCAUCCUGGUGAGAACGCUAGGCGAAGAGACCCCAGGAAGUACCCGUAUAGCUGCGUCCCGUGCCCUGAAUUCCGAAAGGGGGCAUGCCAAAAGGGAGAUUCCUGUGAGUAUGCACAUGGUGUUUUUGAAUCUUGGCUCCACCCUGCUCAAUACCGAACCAGGCUCUGCAAGGAUGAGACCGGGUGCACGAGGAAGGUCUGCUUCUUCGCUCACAAACCUGAAGAAUUGCGCCCCGUGUAUGCUUCAACGGGCUCUGGCAUGCCUUCACCGAGGUCCCUUUCGAGCAGCGCAGGAGAUAUGUCUACCAUGAGCCCGUUGGCUCUUGGUUCAUCAUCGUUGUCGUUGCCAACUACAUCAACACCUCCCAUGUCUCCUUUGGCAUCAGUGUCUUCCCCUAAGAACGGAAGCUUGUGGCAGAACAAGAUUAACCUUACCCCUCCUGCUCUGCAACUUCCCGGUAGUCGGUUAAAGUCUGCUUUGAGUGCAAGAGAUUUGGAUUUGGAGAUGGAACUGCUCGGGUUAGAGAAGAACGCAAGCCAAUUACAACAUCAGCAGCAGUUGAUCGACGAGAUAUCCCGGCUCUCGUCUCCUUCUUACUGGAGUGGAGAUGUAAGCAGGAGUGCGGAGUUGAAGCCAUCAAACCUUGAUGACAUGUUUGGAUCACUAGAUUCUUCCUUGUUGUCUCAGUUUCAGGGUGCCUCACUGAGAACCCCGAUCUCAGCUCAGGUACAAUCUCCGACUGGGCUGCAGAUACGCCAAAACAUGAACCAACUUCGUGCAAGUUACCCAGCUAACUUAUCAUCCUCACCUGUAAAGAAACCCCCAUCUUUCGGCUUCGACUCAUCGAGUGCAGUGGCAGCUGCAGUGAUGAACUCAAGGUCUGCUGCCUUUGCAAAACGAAGCCAGAGUUUCAUCGACCGAGCUGCAGUGACCCGCCUUCCUGGGCUGACCGCAGCUGCAAACUCUGCAGCUAAAAUGUCUUCCCAUCUCUCCGAUUGGAGCUCACCCGAUGGUAAACUAGACUGGGGAAUGCACGGCAACGAUCUCAACAAACUCAGGAAAUCUGCCUCGUUUGGGAUCCGAAACAAUGGCCUAGGAGCUCCCUCCUUCACGCCAUCAGCAGCGGAGGAGCCAGACGUCUCCUGGGUCAACUCCCUGGUUAAAGAUGUUCCCUCGAACAGUUUCGAGAUGUUCGGUGCCGAGAAGCGGCAAUACAACCUCAAAAGAGAGGUGAACGAGAUGCUCCCGUCCUGGAUGGAGCAGCAGUUGUAUGCAGAACAGGAGCAGAUAGUGGCAUAAGCAAGCGCUUGCCAAAAUCCCUCCUCUACAUUAUGCUAACAAACUCAAGUUCUUCACAUUUCAUUCAAUAUUUGAUUACAGAAACUAUAGUUUAAACUUAGUAGUAAAGAGAAUUGUUAUAGAGGCAAUUCGAGUUCAAGAAAAAGCCCCGAAGUUUCGAUAUGGGGUCGGUCGAUCUUCAGCCAGAUCAGUAACAAUCUGAAGAUCAGAUCAGUAAGAAGAUAUCUUUGUAUUCUUUUCAUUGUAUCAUAUUAUAUUUGUUAAUUUUUUUCUCCAUUUUGGGGGCGCUUAUAUAAGAUGAAUAUGUAUCCUUUUUCACUCUAGUAUAAUAAGAACAAAAGCUCUGUAUUGUCUUCUGCAAA